CUGGUUUUCCAUCAUUUUGCAUCACUCUGAGGUCAUUUUGUUCCCCCUUGUUGUAGUUUUGUGAUGAUUUGUGGUGGUUUUCCAUCAUUUUGCAUCACUCUGGAUCUCUUUAUGGUCAUUUUUCAUCUCUUGGUAUUGGUUUCACUGAUGCCACUUCUGCGUUAACUACACCUAACCUCCAUCUAUAGACAUCAGGUCAUCAGGUCGCCCCCUUGCUUGAUUCUCACCGCGGAGCCUGAACGCAGCACGGAGGAGGGGUGCUGCGUUUAAAUCCCUCCCCGGAUUUGACAACACGCACGCACCUUGACUGCUUGUAAACAGAAGCUCACACGUGACACCGAGAGAGAGAGCCGAGAGUCGGGCGACCGAGCGACCGACCGACGGAGCGAGCGACCGCAUUGUCUGUGGCGGAGGAAGAAAAAAAAACGGACAAAGAAGGUGUCAUGACAACCGACGUUACGGAGCCACCGCCGCCGACUUUCCCCCUCCGUCCGACGGCUCGAACUUCUUAAUGUCUGCGCCUCGGAUCCGGAGCGUUUGGAGGGAUAACGACGUUAGCUCGCACGGGUAAAAACAAAAAGCGGGACAGCCCUUUUGUUUCACCUCUUUAUUAUUUUUUUUUUGUCGUUUUCCGCCAAAUCUCACUUUUUAUUCUUCUUCUUCGCUUGGCCGUUAUUUUUUUUUUUUUUUUUGACGUUAGCCACCGUUAGCUGGCGGGAGCCGUUGGCCUCGGCGGUUUUUUAGCCGUUAGAACAAAAAAAACAAUUUAUUUUUAAACUGGCUGGAUGAAAUGUCAUUCACCAUGGAGGAUAACUUGGAGUCCGAGUGGGUCUCCGUCAGACCUAAAGUCUUCGACGAGAAGGAGAGGCAUAAAUUCGUGUUUAUCGUGGCCUGGAACGACGUCGAGGGAAAGUUCGCCAUAACCUGCCACAACAGAACCGUGCAGCGGCGGUCCGCCUUUCUAGACCCCGCCGCCGCUCCUGCCGCUUCUGCCGCUACAGCGGAAAACACAAAGACGAAGAAAGACGAAGCUAAAGUUAGACCGCACUCCGUCCCCAAAGGAAAACCCGCAACAAAGCCGCUUAAAGUCGGCGGUUCAAAGACAACCGACGCGCUAGCCUCCUGUUGGGAUGUUGUGACACCGAACAUCGAGAUCCUGGACCCGGCCGUGGAUGUGCCGCUCUCCCCGGAUGAGCUUCCAGAUUCCCCCGGGGACGGUGAGAGCAACGGCCGCGAGGACUUCAGCUGGGCCGGGCUGUUCUCCUUCCAGGAUCUGAGGGCUGCUCAUCUCCAGCUGUGCGCCGUCAACUCCGACCUGGAGCCGUGUUUACCGUCCUUCCCGGAGGAGCAGUCCGGCGUGUGGACGGUGCUUUUCGGAGCUCCUGGGGUGUCCCAGCGGGAGACGGACGCCCUGUGCUAUCAGCUGCAGGUGUACCUGGGUCACGCCCUGGACACCUGCGGGUGGAAGAUCCUCUCACAGGUGCUGUUCUCCGAGGGGGACGACACGGAGGAGUACUACGAGAGCCUGAGCGAGCUGAGGCAGAAGGGGUAUGAAGACUCUCUGGAGAGGGCCAAGAGGCGGAUGCAAGAGGUGUUGGACAAACACAAAGCCAUGGACAGCAUGGUGGAGCUGCUGCAGGUGUACCCCGAGGAGGACGACGCGUACGGAGAGCUGCUGGAGGCCACGACUCAGCUCUACCACUACCUGCUUCAGCCUUUCAGGGACAUGAGGGAACUGGCAAUGCUGCGCAGACAGCAGAUUAAGAUCUCCCUGGAGACGGAGCGCCUCGGCCCUCGUCGCGUGGAGAGUCUGAGGAAAGAGGACGAGGAGUGGCAGAAGAAGGCCCACGCCGCCGUCCUCUCCAUACAGGACCUGACCGUCAAGUUCUUUGAAACCACGACCCGAGCGCAGAAAGCUUUGUACGAGCGGAUGCGCGCCGACCAGAGGAAGUUCGGCAAGUCGGCGUGGGCAGCGGCGGUCGAACGCAUGGAGCGUCUGCAGUACGCCGUUUCCAAAGAAACUCUGCAGCUCAUGAGAGCCAAAGAAAUCUGCCUGGAACAGAGGAAACACGGCCUGAAGGAGGAGAUGCAGAGUCUGCAAGGUGGAGAGGACGCCAUGCUGCGUCUGGACCAGCUGGAGGCGCUGUACUACGAGCUGCAGCUGCAGCUGUAUGACAUCCAGGCGGAGGUGCUGCGCUGUGAAGAGCUGCUGCUCACCGCUCAGCUGCAGAGUUUACGGAGGCAAAUGACAGAGCGCCAGGAUGAAGUCGUGUACUACGAUGCCUUCGAGAGCCCUGACGCCAUGAAGGGCGAAGAAGAUCCGGCGAGCCCGCCGUCGCCCCUCAGAGACGAAGAGCUCAGCGUCUUACAGCAGAGGACGCGGCAGCUCGAGGCUCGCAGGGGACGCAUCACCGCCAAGAAAGUCUACCUCAAAAACAAGAAGGAAAUCUGUAUCGUCAAUCACAACCAGAAGAUCGAACAGCGACAAGAUGGUGACAGCAGCUCCCUGCAGACGCCACUGCAGGGAGACGCUGAGGAAGACGAUGAAGCCAAGAGAAAUGCCAGAGUGAGUCAGGAGAGGCAGCGGACUCUGGACCGACUCCGCAGCCUCAAACAGCGUUAUCCAGGUCAGGUGACUCUGAAGUCGAGCCGUCUGCGUCUGAGUCAGCCUCACGGCCGGAGGAGAACCGGCCAGCAGCCGAGCACUCAGGCGGCCAGCGUUCAGACAGACGUCAUCUCCGACCUCCCAGAACUCUCCGCUCCUCCUCCGCCCGACGCCUGCGGCUGCGACAGCAUGUCUUUACCCACAGUCGACCUCCAAACUCUCGACUCCUCACCUCCUUUCCUCUCGCUGCCUCCCCUCUCAACCUCCCCAUCUGUCCUCUCUCUGGGUCCUCCUCCGCCUCCUCCUCCACCUCCACCGCCUCCUCCACCGCCUCCUCCCUCAGAGGACCAGCAGCAGCAGCAGCAGCAGCAGGGGGAGGCGAGGGUGACGGGAAGCCCAGUGAGGCACCUCACCCACGAGCCUGAAUCCUCGUCUCUGCCCCUGGCUCCGUUCUCGCCUCGAUUCUUCGACAGCAGUCAGCUGCUGACGGCGAGGAAGAAGCUGAGGAAGACGGCCUCGCUGGAUUUGUCGCAGUGGAGGAGGGCGAGCUCCCCCAUGGACGAGGUGCUGGCCUCCCUCAAACGCGGCAGCUUCCACCUGAGAAAGGCCGAGCUGCGAGUCCUCGCCCCGGACCCGGACGACGACAGCAACAACAUCCUGGCUCAGAUCAGGCAGGGCGUCCGGCUGAAGAAGGUCCGGACCCGGCCGGAGCAGCAGCGCCACACCAAGAGCUUCCCCCACUCUGCCGACGCUCUGACCCGCAGCAUCCACGAGGCUCUGCGGAGGAUAAAGGAGGCUUCACCCGAGUCCGAGUCCGAGGACGAAGGCCUCCCGUGCACUGACUGGGAGAACUAGUUUGUCUUAUUUUUUGUUUUUUUAACUUGUGGAGCCAAAACGGCGGCUCAGACGGACAGAUCACCUCGAGAAACCUCGGUGCAAUUUGAACAAAAAAAACUUUUUAUAUCCGAAAACCGCUCAGAAGUAUUUUUCAUACUUCUGCAUGUUUGUAAAGACGGACCACUAAUUUAGUUUGUUUUUUUACGUUUGCUGUUGCUGUGGCAUUCUUGGCGAGGAAACAACCUCUAACCUCUCAUUACGUCGGUCUACAUGAGUCGUACUGUAGCUUGCUGUGAUGGGUUUGUUUUAGGAAUAUUUUGUUUUUACGUAGCUCUCGAGUCCACCGGGCACGGAGUCAGUGUUUCAAACCCUAUCAGAAGUCAGACAGACGCAGAAACAACAAAACAAAUAUAUAAAGAUAAAGUCUGGCAGGAAAACGCUCCUGAUGGGGUUUGAAGUUGUGCGGCCGCGACACGACGGAGACGUGUCCGGUUGGGUUUACGUUUACUGGAAACGUUUGCUGUACACUUUUACAAACAAAAAAACUAAAUGUAGUUUUAAUGUAACGACACGGUUCGAAUCCAGCGGGCACGAACGUGACGGAGCUGAUCGCAGCAGCUCAGGUCGACGGUUCAAACCCCACCGGAAGCGGCGCGGUCGAUCGAGCGGCGUCCGCUCGGCUCGUGGAAAACGCGUGGCCGACGCCGCGAGCAGCCGGAGCUGGCAGGACGUCAGACACAGAAACAGCAUGAAGAAAAAAAAACUCAUAAAAACAGUCAAUGAAGUAAAUCAAGGAAAUCUGAACAAAGUUUGACCCUGAGGUCUGAAGUCGUGACGUGGCCCGGUGCGUUUACUGUUAACGUGUGCUGUAACACGUGACAACCUUUCUGUACUGUAAACUUUUAGUACACAAACACGCCUGAACACGUACGUACAUCCAGGAUAGGACAGCUUCCACUUCCUUUAAGGAGAAAGCCUGACUUCAGAUUUAGGCUGUGUCACGUUAGAAAUAUAAAAAAAAUAGAAACACAGAUGAUUGAAGAGGAGGAAGGAUGUCCGGGUCGAUUGUUUUCAAAGAGGGGAAAAGCUGCAUCAGGUCAAGUUUAAUCUGGUUUGUGUACGAUGGUUUAAGAAGGAGAGAGCGAGCAGUGGUCGAGUGCCUCGAUGACGUCGGUUAAUCUGUGAUUGUUUCACAGCCGGUGACCUUCGACACAAACAGACCUGAUCCUGUCUGUCGUCUGGUUUGACCCUCGUGACGUCGCGGUCGCGGAGGAAACAAAAGGCACUUUAAGACUCUUUGCAUUUACAUUCAGCGUGACUUCACACUUCACUCAGACGUCAGUCAUGAAUUAACAUCCAGAGACGACGUAGAUCAAAAAGAGGCGCUCCUUUAUAAACUGCAGAACUUCUCAGCAUGAAGCUGAUUCGGCAUACUUUUCAAAUGGUGCCAAAAGCAUGAUGGGAAAUGUAGUUUGAAAAACCUGGAGCUGGUGAUUCUGAUAUUUAAAUAUAUUUACUGUAUCGGUGGUCGAGCUUGAACAGAGCCGGAACACUGGAAACAUUCACAUUCAGUCACAAACAUCUGUCGACGUGUGAAUCCUCUCGCCAUUAAAAGACCGGGUCAGUAUUCCGACUAAAUAUACUCGAUAUAACGUCACACAUACGUUUUAUAUUUCAGCACUCGUUGAAGUAGAAAUGAUUACUUGAAACCGAACGAUGGUGCUGUCACAAAGGAAGAAAGGAAGGAUGGAUGGAUGGAUGUGAUAUUUUAAACAUCUUACAGUAACAAUGCGACCAAAAAGAAGAUUUAACCGGACAAAUUAAGACAUCUGAAGGCGUCUUUUUGUGAUUCUCUCUCGUAAACGAUCGAUUACUUGAGAAUUUAAGAGUUUGAAGCUCAAGUGUGUAAGAUUUAUCGACUUAAAUAUGGAAAAUACAAAAAGUCAUAAGUGUGUUUUAUUUAUUGCCAUGUUUCUAAAGCAGCCAAAAAAAAAAAACCCGGCAAACCAAAAACAAGAUUUCACAUUUUUCCCAAACAGUUUUUAUACCAACUUGACUUGGAAAGGGAGGUGAGGGGUGUUCAGUUGGUUGCGAUCUGCAAAAUCUUACACACUGGACCUUUUUUUUUUUGUGUGUGUGUGUGUGUGUGUUUGGUUAAAUGAAGUCGCCCUUUGCUGGCUGAAAACAUUUAAAAUCAACACGUGACGUUUUUGUAUUUAUUUUAUUCAUUUCCACUGCCUUUUGUUUUGAAACUUCACUUGUUUACUUGUUUGAGUUUGUCGUGUGUGUGUGUGAUAUUUUUUUUUAUUCAUUCAUUCAUCAUGUGUCAAACUGUCUUAAACUCACAUUUUAAAACUUCCCGUUAUUUAACAAGUCAUGCACUGACGGCUAAAAUUUUAAAAAAGUUUGACAUGGCUCCAACGUGUACGACCAUCCAGCUCAUGAUACCAGCGUGCUUUUAUUUUGUUAACUUUUUUGUUUUUGGACCUUAUGCAUGUGACCGGUUGUUGUUGUUUUUGUUUUUUUUAGGACAAACCCAUCACAAACGUAAGUGCAAUAAUUAAAAAUUAAACUGUAAUGAAAUGUAAAUCAUGAAAAACUAAAAAAAAAAAUAUAUCCGCAUGCCUAAAUGUAUUGAAGUAUUUAUUGAAACUUCAUAUUUUAAAUGAUUUUUAAAGCGUACAAAUGUAAAUGUACUUUAUAAGGUUGUUUUUUUUUGUUGUUGCUUUUUUUUUUUUGUUUCCUAUCAUGACAUUCCUGCUUUCUAUAUCCUGAUUAUAUAUUUUAUUCCUUUCAAAAUAAAAUUAAGCUCCAACACGUCUUUGAA